CAUAAAAAAAAACUAAAGAAACCAACAUGUGAUAUCUGGACGCCAAAAUAGUAAUGCCGCAUUAGAUCAUAAAAAGAUUUCUUUGAGAAAUGAGAGAGAUGCGCAGGAGCAUGGAUGGACCAUAGAAUGCGCGUCAUCGCGGCGCUUAUAUCUUUCGUGAUCAUUUCAUCACCUAUCUACGCUUUUAUACCUGGUGCCGAUGGGCCAGUUAUAGCCCAGGAGGCGCUGGAGGGUGGCAACGCUACACUAUACUGUGAUACUUCUACUGACAUUCUAAAAGAUGAGCUGAUGCUUCAAGUAUGGUACAAAGACGAUGUACCUAUUUAUAGUUAUGACGCUAGGAUAUCAAGUGAAUGGUCAAGCGCGUCUUACAAUACGAGCGGGCGACUUCUAGCUGAUCUGCAGAGACAGCCCACUGUCCUGACGGUGACAAACCUGAGGGGCGACGACCAAGCUUUGUACCAUUGUCGGGUGGAUUACCGUCUCGCACCCACUAGAAACGUUGGCGUCAACUUAACUGUUAUUGUUCUACCAAGUCAACCGUUCUUUCUCGAUGAGAUUGGGAAUAAAGUUGAGGAAAAGAUAGGACCAUACCACGAAGGCGACACUUUGCUUCUUAGCUGCUUAGUUAUUGGAGGUCGACCUCCACCUCGUAUCAGCUGGUAUUCCGGCGAUGAGCUGGUUGACGCUUCAGAUGGCGCUAGUGACAUUCCUGGCGUGAAAGAGAACGAACUAUAUCUACCUCUCACUCGGGCCAACGCAGAGUCGUUGUCUUGUAGAGCAACCAAUACACCUCUCACACCGCCUGUAAUAGCUACUUUGAAAAUUAAACUCUUUUUAUCCGCCUACAACGUAACAAUUAAUUGGGUUCGCGGGACCUUUGAAGAUGCACUUAGCGCUGGUAGACCAGCUAUUGUACAGUGUGUAGCGCGCGGUUCCUACCCCCAACCCGAGCUGACCUGGUGGCUGGACCACCGUCAUCUUACGCAACACAGCAAUCAGAGCUGGGACAAUGCGACCCGCAAAGCACAGUCGUUCUUGGAGCUGACCCCCGCCGUGACCGACAAUGGCGCGACGCUGGCGUGCGUCGCAACAAACACUGCCAUGGAGCCUGGCCGAGACUCAAAGGCUGACGUCAUCAUUCUUAAUGUUACCUAUAGUCCAAUAGUAGAAUUAUCCAAAUUAGGAGAUGGAAGACUGAACGAAGUGGUAGAGUUGGAUAGUUUGCACCUGGAGUGCGAAGUGAAAGCCAACCCGCCAGUUGAAAAGUUUACAUGGUAUUUUAAUGAUAUAGAAAUAAGGCCGCACAGUUUGUGGGGCAGCCAAAUUUUCUCGCAAACCCUGCUGGUUGAGGAAGCGACGCGGAGACACGCUGGACGAUACUCCUGCGCAGCUCGCAACAGCGUGGGAGAAACGAGAGCUGAAUCCAUCAAUAUAGAUGUAUUUUAUCCACCAGAAUGUAUUGACCACGGCAUUACUAUGGUGAAAGAAACCUUGAAAUGUAACGUGAAAGCGUUACCACCGCCAGAUACCUUUUUUUGGCACAUCCAACCUACAGAUGAGGACGUACAGCAUCUUACCACUGGUUCGGCAAUCCUACCACUCACGCAAAUUACCGGGACACUAUCAAGGAGCCUAGAUACCAGUUGUGAAGCCGGAAACGGUAUCGCGUCUCAAGAGAAGCCCUGUAGAAGGACUUUCAGCUUUGAGCUAUUGAGGCCCCCGCAGCCGCAGCAAUGCGACCUUGCGUAUGAAUACGAGGAAUUUCAAAUGAGAUGUAUUCCAGUUGAAAACGCAACGUACUACGAAGUCUCGGUUUGGCGAAUGUCAACAUCAAAUGCUUCAUUGAUGCUAGAAAGACGAGGAUCCAUGGGAUAUGGGAUGAGCCAGGCUUUAGCCCAAGGAGAAGGCGUCCCGUGGCUGGUGAGAGGACCCCUUGGAAACUUACGAGCGGAAGACGAAGUUGGCGCUUCUGCCUGUAACAGAUACGGUUGCUCCGGCUCACUCCUGUUAAGACCUACAGAUAUAUUGUUAAAUUCUGCUGCUGUGCCGUGGUGGAAAUUUCUACUCGGAAAAGACGUGGGUAUAUCCAUCGGAGUUGUAGUAUUACUGGCAGUUUUCGUCCUAUCUUCAGUUCUGGUAAUACGCGUCGCUCGCCGCGUCCGGUCAAAGCCUGCACCCGUCAUACAGGUUCUGCAGCUUGAUGAGGUCGCGCGAGAAUAUCUUGAUAAUAUAGGAGAGCAUAAAGUUCACGCAUCAUGCAGCCUACGUUCAUGCAGUAGCGGGUACUCGGAUGGCUCGGGAGAAACUGGGCCCACCAUAGACCGACGUCGCAAGCCGCGCCUCUGGGAAUGGGACCCACCACCCCCUGACGUAACCCUCACUCUUCAUAGAGAGAGUGCUGUAUGAACGAUAUGUCUGAGGACAUUUCUCGUAGCGAAGCGUCUCUGCAGUCUAUCGUAGGUACAAGUCUCAAUACCUUCCCACCGAGACUUAUGCUCGUGGUUAGGUCCGAGUCUACCGCUUUAGCGUCUGUGUAGAAAAUGGCCGAUUACUGUCAGAUAAUCAUGCUUUUCCUUAAGCAAGGGCCAAACGGAUGUGAAAAUAGUAAAAGUAGCUGAAGUUUGAUGGCAAGAUGUGCUGAAAGUACAAAAGUAGGACAUCCCUUAAACGCCCUGGAUGGCUGCUUUCAAUGGCCCUUUCCAGAUCACCAUAUUCUUUCCUAAACAAACCCAAGACUUCUCCAUUUAGUAAAGCUUUAGUGGUUCAAUCAAUGACUAAGAAUUAUUAGUCAUGCACACCAUUGGCUAUAUAGCGGCUGCCAAGAUGUUGUGAAGAUGUCAUUACUCAAGACCAUAGGAGUUCCUAGAAGUGCGAUCUUGGCUAUGACAGCUAGGAUAUGUAAAAGAUAGAUUAAGGAACUGUAGUUUCACCCCAGCAGUUGACUUGCUUCCUUCUAUCUCGUUUUUAACGUCAUGUCUGCUGGAAAUAACUCAUGAGUUUGUAAGACGUGUAACAUGAAUGGAAUCAUCGGAAAAAAUCGAAGAUUUAAGUGUGAGAGAAAAUGUGAUUAUUUUGGCCAGACUACCUCGGAGUAUUGAACCAUUACAAACCUUUGCACAUGACGACAUUUUCACACUCGUUUCACGAAUGCACGCAAACUGGAUUUGUUAAUUUGUGAACUGUGCACCCUUAGCACGUCGGCGUCACGUCGUGAACGUCAAAGAUUUCGAGUACUGCAAUAAAAAGCGCCAAGGUAAAAUAGUCAUACGGACUGUUAUUUAAUUACUCAUUACUACUGGUAUUUGUCAACAAAUAUAAAGUAGCGGAUAUUUGUCAAACAACAAUCUGUACUUUAAAUAAUCGCUGUCUUUAAAUACUCGUUAUUCGAUUAAAACUAAUCUUAUAGAUUUCGGGUACUAAAACAGUGUUACUUUAGGGAAAAAUCAUAAAUGCAAAUGGUGCAUAGUGAGUCAACUUGGCCGCCCGACAGGGAAACAAAUAAAUAACAUGUUGCGAUUCGAAGUAGUUCGGGGUCUCCCUUGCUCACAGCCGCGGUAGACCGAGCCGGUUGUACUUGCGAGCCGGUACUCUCAAUCAGUAUAGCCUUAUAGUGCAAGACUUGCUCGCUCACAAUCAAAGAGUCGUUAACGCAUAUAAAACUUUGUAUCGUCAAAUUAAAUAGGACCUAAUGGCACUCAUAGAGUCUCAAAUCCUGUACUUCUGAUUUUUACAAACGUUCUAUGCAAAGUCGUAGCUAAAGAAUUGUUGGCAAAUUUGUGCUUAAAUAGAAUCCAUUUUACUUCGAUGUUCAAGUAUUUCCAUACUCGAAAACGACACCUCGAUUGCGAGAGAACAAAUCUUGUACUAAG